AGACCUUUUAAUUCGCUACCUUGUCCGAAAACCCCAAACUCAAAAGAGGAUUCCAAAAGGUUAACAAGACACUAAAAUUCUCCGCCGGUUUCUUCGCUCGCCGGCGUUUUGACAGUCGCCCUUCACUGUUACCGUCUCAAAAGCUACUGAUUUUUUUAUUAGUUAAAAAAAAAAAAAAAUUCAAUAGAGCUGUGAAAUCUUGGGUUCUUCUUCUUCUUCUUUCAUCCUCUCUCGUCUUCCUUCUUCAAUUUUUUUUCUUUCAAUAUCAUUAUUUUAAUGGUAAGAUCUCUCCAAAAAUAUAAAAAAAUUGGGGGGUUAUCGUUGCCAUCAUAACGUGUAUUAGUAAAGCAGUAGUAGUGCUGAUGUAUUUGCUCACGACUAAGUCCCUUCCUCGUCUCUUCUUCUUCUUCUCUCUUCUCCUCCUUAACUAGUUUGGGCUACACGAUCCCAUUCUUUUAUUCAUAAUCGAUUUCUUAAAUUAAUUAAGCCCUUUUAUUCUUCUUCUGUCUAUCAUACCUAUCGUGUGAAGAAGAUCUGAAGCUUAACCUUGCUCUGUUACAGCCUCUCAGGGAUCUGCCGGCUACAAAGUCCGGUGGAUAUUGUUAUUAUUUAGACCAUGGCGUCUAAUAAUAAUCACUUCACCAACAGUAGAUCCAAUCUAUCAUCGAACUCUGAUGCUGCUGAAGCUGGGAGGUACCAGCAGCCGCUUCCGUCAAACUCUGUGACAUUUGCCCGCAGGACUAACUCUGGACGCUAUGUCAACUACUCGAGAGAUGAUCUCGAUAGCGAACUCGGAAGUGUUGAUUUAUAUACCGUCCAGAUUCCGCAAACUCCCGAUAACCAACCUAUGGAUCCUUCCAUUUCUCAGAAGGUUGAGGAGCAGUACGUGUCCAGUUCCUUGUUUACUGGCGGUUUUAACAGCGUCACUCGUGCUCAUCUUAUGGACAAAGUGAUCGAGACAACGACUAGCCACCCACAGAUGGCUGGUGCCAAAGGCUCGUCAUGCGCCAUUUCUGGCUGUGAUGUGAAGGUCAUGAGUGAUGAGAGAGGUCAAGAUCUUCUUCCUUGUGAGUGUGAUUUCAAAAUCUGUAGGGAUUGCUUUGUGGAUGCUGUGAAAACAGGCGGGAUUUGUCCCGGGUGUAAGGAGCCUUACAGGAACACUGAUUUGGCGGAUUUUGCUGAUAACAACAAGGGCCAGCAGCAGCAGCAACGGCCUAUGCUUCCGCCACCAGCGGGUGGGUCGAAGAUGGAGAGAAGAUUGUCACUUAUGAAGUCGACUAAGUCUGGUUUGAUGAGGAGUCAAACAGGGGAUUUCGAUCACAACAGGUGGUUGUUUGAGACUAGUGGGACUUACGGCUACGGAAAUGCUUUCUGGACAAAAGACGGGAACUUCGGGGACAAGGAUGGGAAUGGUGGACAGGGUAUGGGACCUCAGGAUCUGAUGAGCAGACCGUGGCGACCACUUACUCGGAAACUGCCGAUUCCUGCAGCUGUUAUUAGUCCUUACAGGUGGAAAAGUAUUGACCCAUCAGAUCGGUAUGCAAAUCGCAAUACAGUCUUUUUUGAUGUGAACAUGAGAGCUCUUGAUGGUCUGAUGGGUCCGGUUUAUGUCGGAACGGGUUGUCUCUUUAGAAGAAUCGCGUUGUACGGAUUUGAUCCGCCUCGAGCUAAAGAACACCAUCCUGGCUUCUGCAAAAUUUGGAAACUCCACUUUCCUUAUCGAUUCAAUCCCGGUCGCAGAGUUCCAAGGCCGUCCUCUUGCAGAUCAUCNGAUAUGUUUGUAUCUACAGCAGAUCCGGAGAAAGAACCUCCUCUUGUCACUUCCAACACCAUUUUGUCGAUUCUCGCUGCUGACUACCCUGUCGAAAAGCUUGCUUGCUAUGUUUCAGAUGAUGGAGGAGCACUUUUGACAUUUGAAGCUAUGGCUGAAGCAGCGAGUUUUGCUAACAUGUGGGUUCCUUUCUGUCGUAAACACAAUAUCGAGCCGAGGAAUCCAGAUUCAUACUUUAGUCUGAAAAGAGAUCCUUACAAGAACAAGGUGAAGGCUGAUUUCGUUAAGGAUCGGAGACGGGUCAAGCGUGAGUAUGAUGAGUUUAAGGUUAGGAUCAACAGCUUGCCUACCUCUAUCAGGCGCCGUUCUGAUGCUUAUCAUGCAAGGGAAGAGAUUAAGGCCAUGAAGCUGCAGAGACAGAACAGAGACGAUGAAAUAGUAGAGCCAGUCAAGAUUCCUAAAGCUACAUGGAUGGCUGAUGGUACUCACUGGCCUGGAACUUGGUUAGAUUCUGGUCCUGAUCAUACCCGUAGUGACCAUGCUGGUAUCAUUCAGGUGAUGUUGAAGCCGCCUAGUGAUGAGCCAUUACAUGGAGUAUCUGAAGGGUUCUUGGAUCUUACAGAUGUUGACAUUCGUCUUCCGCUUCUUGUCUAUGUUUCGCGUGAGAAGCGACCGGGUUAUGACCAUAACAAGAAAGCAGGAGCCAUGAAUGCGCUGGUCCGAGCUUCUGCAAUUAUGUCCAACGGUCCAUUCAUUCUGAAUCUUGACUGUGAUCAUUACAUAUACAACUCUCAGGCUUUGAGAGAAGGAAUGUGUUUCAUGAUGGAUCGAGGCGGUGACAGGCUUUGCUACGUUCAGUUCCCGCAACGGUUUGAAGGUAUUGACCCAUCAGAUCGGUAUGCAAAUCGCAAUACAGUCUUUUUUGAUGUGAACAUGAGAGCUCUUGAUGGUCUGAUGGGUCCGGUUUAUGUCGGAACGGGUUGUCUCUUUAGAAGAAUCGCGUUGUACGGAUUUGAUCCGCCUCGAGCUAAAGAACACCAUCCUGGCUUCUGCAGUUGCUGCUUCCCUCGCAAGAAGAAGAAAAGCCGUGUCCCUGAAGAAAACAGAUCUUUGAGAAUGGGUGGUGACUCGGAUGAUGAUGAAGAGAUGAAUCUUUCUUUGGUUCCAAAGAAAUUUGGAAACUCCACUUUCCUUAUCGAUUCAAUCCCGGUCGCAGAGUUCCAAGGCCGUCCUCUUGCAGAUCAUCCAGCUGUGCAAAACGGAAGACCUCCUGGUGCUCUCACCAUACCUCGUGAGCUUCUUGAUGCAUCAACCGUGGCAGAAGCCAUAGCCGUCAUCUCUUGUUGGUAUGAGGAUAAAACCGAGUGGGGAUCUCGGAUUGGUUGGAUUUAUGGAUCUGUCACGGAAGAUGUGGUCACAGGUUACAGAAUGCAUAACCGAGGCUGGAAAUCAGUUUACUGUGUGACAAAACGGGACGCUUUCCGUGGCACAGCUCCUAUCAACUUGACGGAUAGGCUGCACCAGGUUCUCCGAUGGGCUACUGGCUCGGUCGAGAUCUUCUUUUCAAGAAACAACGCUUUCUUCGCUAGCCCGAGAAUGAAAAUCCUACAGAGAAUUGCUUACCUAAAUGUUGGAAUCUACCCGUUCACAUCAAUCUUCCUCAUCGUCUACUGCUUCCUCCCUGCGCUCUCCCUCUUCUCAGGGCAGUUCAUAGUCCAAACACUCAAUGUCACAUUCCUUAUCUACCUCUUAAUCAUCUCCAUUACACUCUGCCUGCUCGCUCUCCUCGAGGUCAAAUGGUCAGGAAUCUCACUAGAGGAAUGGUGGCGAAACGAACAGUUCUGGCUCAUUGGAGGAACAAGCGCUCAUAUAGUCGCGGUUAUACAAGGACUUCUCAAAGUUGUUGCCGGAAUCGAAAUCUCAUUCACAUUGACAUCUAAAUCCGGAGGAGACGAUGUGGACGACGAGUUCGCCGAUCUCUACAUUGUGAAAUGGACAUUACUCAUGAUCCCACCGAUCACAAUCAUGAUGUUGAAUAUAAUAGCCAUUGCGGUAGGGUUUAGCAGGACGAUAUACAGUGUGAUACCACAGUGGAGUAAGUUGAUUGGAGGAGUGUUCUUUAGUUUCUGGGUGCUUGCUCAUCUUUACCCAUUCGCUAAAGGGCUUAUGGGAAGAAGAGGAAGGACUCCAACCAUUGUUUAUGUUUGGUCAGGACUUGUUGCCAUCACCAUAUCUCUGCUAUGGGUCGCCAUUAAUCCACCUGCUGGUUCUACUCAAAUCGGAGGAUCUUUCACAUUCCCAUGAUUCAUAGGUUUGGUAUUCUCAAAAAUUCUGUCUCUCUCUCUCUCUCUUUGGUUCUUUAUAAAAGAUUGGAGACAGAGAUUGGCCAAGAAACUCAAAAAGUACAGUCGAGCCAAACAUAGAACAAGUCAAGAACUUCUCUCAUUGUCUUCUUUUUUUUUUUUUUGUUUGUUGGAAAAGGACAUUUUUUUUUACUUGUCUUUUUAAAAAUUUUUGUAAUCUUUGAUCUGUUGAUGGAAUUAUUUAUUUUUGCUACAGUUAAUCUAUAAUUUAUUCAAUUUAAA